UAGUUAGACAACAAGGUCUUCAUUCUUUUCUUUCAUCUCCCAAACUCUCUCACCUUCACCGCUUAACCACCACCAUGGCUUCUCAUGACUCCUCCAUUCAUAAGCUUGAAUCCCCUCUUCUUGAAAACACCACCACCACCACUACAACAAAACCACUCCGGCAACCCAAGAAGGAGGAAGCAAACAAUUAGAAACCAUCCUCACAAACACCUCCAUCCCUUUUCUCCCUCGUUACUCCAAAGCCUCAACCUUUGAGAUGAAGCUCCUUCUCCAUCUCGCCGCUCCUGCUGUCAUGGUCUACAUGAUCAACUACCUCAUGUCCAUGUCCACCCAAAUCUUUUCCGGCCAUCUCGGCAAUCUUGAACUCGCCGCCGCCUCUCUCGGCAACACUGGCAUCCAAAUCUUUGCUUAUGGUCUCAUGCUUGGCAUGGGAAGCGCAGUGGAGACGUUGUGCGGGCAAGCAUACGGCGCACACAAGUAUGAAAUGCUCGGUGUUUAUCUACAAAGAUCAACAGUGCUGUUGACGGCCACUGGAAUUCCUCUGGCCAUCAUUUACGCUUUCUCUUAUCCGAUAUUGAUUUUGCUCGGCCAAUCACCGGCCAUCGCCUCAGCAGCGUCAGUGUUUGUCUAUGGUUUGAUCCCUCAAAUCUUCGCUUAUGCUGUCAACUUUCCAAUUCAGAAGUUUCUCCAAGCUCAGAGUAUUGUUGCACCAAGUGCUUAUAUAUCUGGUGCCACACUUGUUCUUCAUCUUCUUUUGAGUUGGUUAGCAGUGUACAAGCUUGGACUUGGAUUGGUAGGAGCUUCAUUGGUGUUGAGUUUAUCAUGGUGGAUCAUUGUUGGUGCUCAGUUUGUUUAUAUUGUGACUAGUGAGAGGUGUAAGUAUACUUGGGAUGGGUUUACUUGGCAGGCAUUUUCUGGUCUUUGGGGAUUCCUUAAGCUCUCAGCAGCAUCUGCUGUUAUGCUUUGCUUAGAGACUUGGUAUUUUCAGGUCUUGGUUCUCAUUGCUGGUCUUCUUCCCAAUCCUGAAUUGGCUCUUGAUUCUCUAUCAGUUUGCAUGACAAUAUCAGGUUGGGUGUUCAUGAUUUCGGUUGGAUUUAAUGCUGCUGCAAGUGUGAGAGUGAGUAAUGAGCUUGGAGCUGGGCAUCCAAAAUCAGCAGCGUUCUCAGUUGUGGUAGUGACUGGAAUGUCAUUUGUGAUAUCAGUAGUGUUGGCGAUUGUGAUUCUUUGUUUAAGAGAUGUUAUUAGUUAUGCAUUCACUGAAGGUGAAACUGUUGCUCAUGCUGUCUCUGAUCUAUGUCCAUUGCUUGCCAUCACUCUUAUCCUUAAUGGUAUCCAACCUGUUUUAUCUGGUGUGGCUGUUGGGUGUGGAUGGCAAGCGUUUGUGGCUUAUGUUAAUGUUGGAUGUUAUUACCUUGUUGGUGUUCCUGUUGGUUAUCUGCUUGGUUUCAAGUUUGGAUUAGGAGCUAAGGGAUUAUGGGGUGGUAUGAUUGGAGGAACAUUCAUGCAGACUUUGAUUUUACUGUGGGUUACUUUCAGGACAGAUUGGAACAAAGAGGUUGAUGAAGCCAUGAAGAGGCUUGAUAAAUGGGAUGACCAGAAAGAGACACUGAGUAUUGAAUGAAGAAACGGAGGGAGUGUUGUUAGUUACAAUUUUUGUUUUUGAAUAAUUGGAUUUUUUUUUUUUUUUAAAUUGUAUGUAUGAAUUCUAUGGAAAAUUUUCGAUUUUAGGCUUUAUGUUUAUAACAUAUAUGCUAUUAGCUAUCA